AUGUUUAUUGAACUUUUAAUAUGGGUGAUAAUAUACUAUUUAUUAUUUAGUAACGGUAUAAAAAUUAAUCGAAGUAAUCAAAGCUUUUUAAAUACCUCAAUUUUUAAAGACCCUAUAUCGAAAAAUUAUACAAAACAGAUAAGAAAACAAAAUGGCAAUUCAAAGAGUGUGUCAAAAAUUUUAUGUAAAAAAAAGAAAAGAAAAUUCCCUAUUCUAAAUGUGCAUACUGACGAUUAUAGCAAUGAUGAAGAAUUUGAUGGCGUUGUAGAGGAUGAAAAACUAGACGCAGGGGAAUAUGUGCCUGAAGAAGAAAGUGAUGAUUGGUGGGAUAUACAAAAAAAUAAUUAUAAAAAACUUUUAAAUUUAGAAGAACUUGAUGAAUAUACCAUUCUAUCACCAAAAUAUAAUAUUAAUAUAUAUAAUGUGUUAGAAAAAAAUUAUAAUAAAAAAGAUAAAAAUAAUGUAAUAUUAACAAUUAAUAAUUUAAAUUAUGAAAUAGGAAAUAAAAGUUUAAUAAAUAAUUUAAAUUUAACUUUAAAUAAAUCAGAAUGUAUUGGGUUAAUUGGAAAUAAUGGAUGUGGAAAAUCAAGUCUUUUGAAUUUAAUUUUUGAAAGCUCAGCAAAUACUAAUAAACAUAUAAUAAUUAAUAAUAAUGUAAAAAAAGAUAACACAAUAAAAAGUACCUCUACAACAUAUAUAGACUCAUUACUUAAUAAAAAUGAUUUUACUAUUCUCUAUAACUUAUUAUCAUAUAUGAAACGAAAGUCAUUAAAAUUAAGUUCUAUGCCGGAUUUAAUAAAAAGUAUGAGUAUUUCCGAGUUUGAAAAGUUGAAUAAACAAAAUGAAGAAAAUUAUAAUAGUGAAUUAUUUUAUUAUAAAAAUGAUAUAUUUUAUUUUAAACAAAAUAUACACUUAUUAGGAAAUAAUAAUGCUACUGUUUUUGAAAAGGUUUUAAAAUUUUAUCAACGCACACUAGAAAAAUAUGAUAUCCUAAAUUAUAUUGAAGAAAAUAUUAGUAUGUACAAAAGUUCAGAUUAUUUAAAGAAGUAUAAGAUUGGGGAAGUAAACGAGGGGAUUGGAAAGAAGGACAACAAAAUUGGUGAAGCCCAAAUUUCGUCAGAGGAAGAACAAUUUUUAAAGUCUAAAUAUUUUGAGUAUGUUUUAAAAUUAUAUAUGAAUGAAAAGGAAGACAUUUUUAAAGAUAUAAAUAAUAUAAAAAUGAAUUUAAAUAAAUAUUUAAAUAUUUUAAAUUUAAAAAAUUUUUUACAUGUAAAAUUAUGUGACUUAAGUAAUGGAUAUAUUAUUCGUGUAUAUUUAUUGUUACUCCUUUUAAGUAAGCCUAAAUUAUUAUUAAUAGAUGAAAUAAAUAAUAAUAUGGAUAUAUUUAAUAUAUUUUUUAUUAUGAAUGUAUUUAAAUAUGCAUUAAAAUACACAAACAUUGGUAUUAUUUUGGCUAGUCAUGAUUUUUUCCUAAUAAGUAAAUUAUGCAACCGAAUAUUAGACUUCAAUAAAAUAUCAGGAUAUGAUAUCGAUUUUAAUAAUAUUUCUCUCUUAAAAAAAAUUAAUCAAAAUAAUAACUAUGUAAAAGAUGCUAAAAUUAAUGAUCAUUCAACUUUAUCCAAUAUUAAUGAACAAUCAUCUGGAAGAGCCUAUUCAAAUCUAACCUUUUUUAAAGGGAACUAUAGUCAAUAUCUAAAUAAUAUGAAAAUAUUAUUUAAUAACAGAAAAAAAAAAAAAGAAGAACUCAAAAAAAUAAUAGAUCAAUUAAAUGCUUCUAUAUUAAAAAUUAAAAAAAAUAAUAAAAAAGAAUUUUUAAAAAGUUCAUUAAAAAAAAAAGAAGAAGAAUUAUCUUUAUAUCAAAAUAUUUAUGACACAUUUUUUAACAUGACAUUAAAUUAUCAGCAUAUGUAUUAUAACUUAAUUUAUAGUAAGAAGAAUAAAAAGGGGGACGAAAACAAAUACAUACCUUUUUCUCCUAAAAACGGUAAGCAAAAUCAGAGCAUGAUUUUUAGAGAAAAUGAAGAAGAAAGUGCCAGAAAAAGCCAAGAUAGUCAAGCUAGCCAAACUAGCCAUCCCUACGAAAUAGAUGAAAACAGCUCACUUGGAGAGAAUCCAAAUCAGUACCACGAAAUGGAAAAUAGUAAAAACACAUCAGAAGAAAAUACUGAAUCAACAUCAAUUGAAGAAACGGAUGAAAAAACAUUUGUCUAUAACCAAUUUAAUGAUGUAGAUGGAGAAAUGAAUAAAAAUAUUUUAAUAGAUAUGUGUAAAAAAAUAAAAAAUAAUGAAUUAAUAAAAACAGGAGAAUUAUAUUCUACAAAUAAUGUUGCUUUAUAUGAGUUUGAUAAUUUCUCGUUAUACUAUUUAGACAAUAAAAAUUAUGAUAAUGAGUCUGAAUAUAUUGGAGUGCCAACAGAGGGAAGAAAAAAAUAUAUAUUUAAAAAUUUAAAUUUAAAUAUUAAUAGUAAUGAAAAUGUAUUAUUAUUAGGAAAAAAUGGAAUAGGGAAAUCAACACUUUUUAAAAUAUUAACAAAUAAAUAUGGCUUUAUAAUGAAUAAUAAUAAUGACUAUGGUAAAAAUAUUAAUAAUAAAAAAAGUAUAUAUGUGUAUGGAGAUACUAAUAUAAGUAACAGUUUUGAUGAGAUCGAAGAAGAUGAGAUAGAUUCUAACUUUGCAAUAGACACAAAUAUAAGAUUUGAAGGAAAUAUUAAUUGCAAUUUUAAUAAUGUAUUAUUAACUUAUUUUGAGCAAAAUAUGAUUAAAAAACUAAAUUUAGACAUUGAUGAUUAUUUUAAAUAUUUAAUUGAAAAAGUAAAAUACCAACCAAUUAACUUUUUAGAAGAUCCAGAUUUUGAUGAUACUCCUUUUGAUCAAGAUGUGUUUUUUUAUUAUAUUUUAAAUAAAACAAAACCAGAUUAUAAUGACAAUAUUAAUAUUAAUAUAGAUGAAAAAAUAAAAUCUUUAUUAAAAAUUUUUUACAUUGAUAGUGAAACAUCAAUUAGUGAAAAAAGUGGAGGAGAAAAAGUUCGUAUUUUAUUUCUUUCAUUAUUUUUAAAAAAUUCAAAUUUAUUAUUACUAGAUGAAAUAAACAAUAAUCUAGAUAUAUAUUUAAAAAACCUUUUGUUAAAUUUUUUAAAUUAUAUAUAUCAAGGAAGUUAUAUAUUAACAACCCAUGAUUUUUACAUAAUCAAUAAUCUAAAUAAUAUACAUAAAAUUAUAUACAUAUUUGAUUAUCAAAAUGUUUUUACUUUUUAUAAUGUCAAUGAUUUUGUCAAAAAUUUUUACAGUUUUAUUUUAAAUUCCUUUAGUGCCCUUAAAAAUAUGGAGACCAAUGAUUCUGCUCAUAGCAAAAAUGAAAUGCAUACAAAGUAUGUCACUUCUCAGGCUCAUAAUCCGAAAAUAAAAAAUAAUAUGGAAAAAAUAAAUUAUACUAAUGAAUUAACAUUAAAUAAUACACUAAUUAACAAUUUGAAUGAAAUGGACAAAGAAAGUAAAGAACUAAAUCGACAAAACUAUGGAAAAGAACUUUAUGAUAGUUAUGAUUUUAAAAUUUUAGAAUUUUUAAAAAAUCAAUUGAAAAAAGACAAGAGUGAAAGAAAAAGCUUUGAAGAAAUAAGCCCUUUAGAAGAAGAAGUUUUUGAAAAAAAAAAAAUUAAUAAAAAAAAUUUUGGUGGAAAGGGAUUAUCAGGAAAAGUAAAAAUAAAAAAUUGGAAACGAUGGAAAAAGUGA